CAAAAAAAUCAAAACAUUUCAUAAUUUUUUAUUCAAGUUUGAAAUAAUUUAUCGAAUGAAACACCUACUUUGAAUAAAUCAUCAAGUAUGUCGAAUUUUUUGAAUUCAAUAUUUAAAGUACCAAGCACAUUGAGGUUGAUCAGUCCCUUGAGAUAUCACAAUGUUAUACAAGCUCAAAAUCUUUUCACUACUACAUCGUUAGGAAUCGAUGGCUACGUGCAAUCUAGGAAAAAGACCAAGGAACAAUUUGGUGAUUUAGCUGAUAAGUUCAGGGUAAAAAUGACCGAAUUUGUUGACAGUCCUAAAAACAUGAUUUUUACUGAGGAUCUGAAGAAUAUGACACACAUAGCAGAGCCGACAGACAUAGAAUUAGUAUUAAAAAUGAUUAAAAAAUUCAAUACUCAGAAGACUGAAUUCAGAUUUGGUUCUUUUGUAUUUGGACCAAUAUUGAUGAGAAUGUUUCAUUUUCUUGAUGCACCAAAAGAAGCUUUAACGUGUUUCCUAGAUCCAGACAAUAAAGGUUUCUUUGAUCAGUUGAUGUCAUUUCAAAUAUUAUUAGACCUGUUGUACACACAUCAAAUGUACGAUGAGAUGUUUGAGGUUUUCGAGAUAAUACAAAAGAAACAAGUUAACAUGACGAAGUAUCCAAAAUAUGUUGUGGUCCUAAUGCUAGCUGCAUGUUAUAAACUGAAUACACCAAAGAGUUUCCAGUAUGCGACUCAAAUGUGGUCGGAAAUGAUCUCAACGGGCAUACAACCAGUAAGAAGGUCUACUACCUUCAUGGCAGGGCUAGCGCUAAAUCAGCACGCUCCCCACAUCGCGCUAGAGUCCCUUUCCCAGCAGAAACCUCACUACAUCACCAUCAGAAAUAUCAAGGCAAUGGCGUUAGCAGAUAUGGACAGAAUCGACGAUGCGCUGCCGAUUCUGAGAGGAGUUUUGGAGGUGGACCGACCUGAUCAACAGGGCAAACACACAUUCUUCGAAGAGACGCUAAAGAGGGUAAAGGAUGGCGUGGCGCGAGUGAACGACAAGCAUUUGACGAAUGAGUUCGAGAAAAUAGAGAAAGCGCUCCGGGAUAGAAACCUCGUGGACCAACAGACCCUAGACCAGCUAUUGACGUCCGACAUCACUCUAGUAAUAAACCAGAACAAACAGGGGAUGCCUAGGAUGCCUUACAACCGGCGACAGAACAAGCACACCAGCGUCAUACCGUAAUACGUUGAGAAUAAAUAGAUAAUAAUUCGUUAUGUA